AUGUGCGAAAAAAAACGUUGAAAAAAAAUUUGCAUCGUAGGCAGGAGGACUUAAUAGUACCCUGGACAUGCUGGGCGUUAUUUGCUAUGCAUAGGCGACGUCAAACAUGGAAUAAUAUUAAUACUAUUGUUAGUAAAAAACAAAAAUAGGGCCUAGGCCUAGUUUAGUAUGUCUACCUCCAUGGUUUAGUAAAUUAACUGUUUACUUUCAGUUUAACUUUUAUCUGAGACAUUGUUAGGUAGAACAUAGCUGCGGCAUGUAAAGGUCGGAUCUGUCUAUGGAUCUACACGUACUCAAGCUUAAACCACUGCAAACGUCGGUUCAUACUUGGUCAUGUCGUGCAUGUUGGUGAAUGUGACGUAGACAGACAGUCAAGCAUGUGCAUGAUAUGGAUUUUUUCCACAUGUAUGCUUAAAUUUAGUAUGCCUAAAUAACGAAAUUAUUUAUUUCCAACUAGACCUAUGCCAUGUAGGCCGGUUUAGAUAAUUAAUUAGGCCACCGAUGCGAAGUUAGUUCCUGGUUGGAUGUUUGACAUUCAGUGCUAAACAACUGAACAAUUUCAGCCAUUGAAGACAAGAAUCGCAUAAACCAUGGCAACCUCAUCAUCCUUGGAGCCGAGUGUGCCACUGCCUCUAAGCCCUGACAUCCUGAACGACCUCCAGGAAUCCUCCAAAGACUGGGCCCUGACCCACGGACUGGUGGUCAUGUACAUGUCUCCCGAUCAGAUCUGUUGUCCAGAUCGCAUCACCUACGUGCCGCACACUCUCCUGCCCUCGCCCAUCCCACGUCAGCUGUUUGAACGUAUGGUCAGUCUACAGCCGCACAUCAACCUACUGAUGCACAGAGUGGCCGAAGACCGGGAGUUUAUGACUUCAGCUCUCAAAAGCACUAUAAAAGUGGAUGAUUUCACUGCAAAAUUGUUUGAAAUAUACGAAGAAAUGCACCAAGCAGGCUUCACAAAGCCUGUGAAGUUAACCCUGCUUCGCUCCGACUACAUGAUUGACACUUCAGGCCCACAGCAAGUCAUGAAGCAAGUGGAGAUUAACACAAUGGCCAGUAGUUUUGGGGGCCUAGCAGCCAACUUGACCCAUCUUCACAAAUACAACUUGGGCCUGCAUUCGGGUGCUCAAAGCAAUUUUGAAGACAAUUUGCCAAAGAAUGAAUCACUUGAAGCACUGGCUGAGGGAAUGGUAAAGGCGUGGCAGUUGUAUGGAAGAACAGAGGCUGUGGUCUGUUAUGUGGUUUGCUGUCCAGAGCAGAACAUUUUUGAUCAAAGGCUGUUGGAGUUUAUGAUGAAGAAAAAGGUGCCUUGUAUCCGGGUGAUUCGUCGAGGCUUGUCAGAGAUGGGAAAGAAAGGCCACCUCUCUGAAGACCGACGGCUGUUUGUAGAUGGGCUAGAGGUGGCUGUGGUGUAUUACCGAGUCGGUUAUGUCCCCUCCCACUUCUGCUGUGGUGAAAAGGCGUGGGAUGCCAAACUCCUCGCUGAAAAGUCGCUGGCGGUGACCUGUCCUUCCAUCGACUGGCAUCUAGCUGGUACCAAGAAGAUCCAACAGGAGUUGUCUAGGCCAGGAGUCUUGGAGAAGUUCCUGGAUGAUCCAGCUAUCAUUGCUGACAUCAGGGCGACAUUUGCCGGCCAGUACCACCUGGAACUGGAUGAAGAGGGUGAUGCAGCAGCUAUCAUGGGCAUCCGGGACCCUGAGAGAUAUGUCUUGAAGCCACAGAGAGAAGGCGGGGGUAACAAUUUCUUUGGAGACGAGCUGAUGCAAACACUGACAGAGUUGCAAGGGAAGGAAGAGCGAGCAGCAUAUAUCUUGAUGGAGCGGAUCCAUCCCCAGGUCAUCUCCAAUUAUGAAGUCCGUGGAAAUCAACCUGUACAACUUAAAGACAUGGUCAGUGAACUGGGAAUCUUCGGCAUAUUCGUGAGCAAAAGCAGCGAUGUUGUUAUGAACACAUGCGCUGGUCACCUUCUCCGAACGAAAAAUGUCAAGAUAAACGAGGGUGGAUUGGCGAUGGGAGCAUCGUGCAUGGACAGUCCCUACCUUGUGUGAUGCACACCGGGUGACAGCGAGAUGGAGGGGAGAAUCAGAGAAUCGGUGUCUGGUUUGCUUAAGUAUCAUGUAAAGUUCCCUCCUCUGCUCUAUGCAACAUUCACCGAAGACUUUAUUACCUCAAGGCGUGUUUGUUUUACCUGGAUCUGGAUCAGUGGUUCCAGCUCCGGUUGGCACCAUCCAUUGAUUAGGUUCUUGUGUCAGUGAACCAGUGACGGAUCACUGAUCGAGACUUGGAUCUGUGUGAAACGAACAUGUCCUCACUUUUGCUAUUGUGUUGUGCAGACUACACUUUUGAUGGUUGGUUUGUGAAAUGAAAGUGCUCUGUUCCUGCGCAGACUGAACCAUGUCUUGAGAUGACUAAAUUAGUUACAAUUCUGUUACAAAAGGUAAAACACAGUGUUCUAGGAGUUGCUUUUUGGUUUUGUUUUUUUAGUGAUGUUAAGUUAGAGUGAGACCAUUUGGAGCCAGCCGAAAAAUAGUCAACCAAUUUAGAUUUUAAAAUUGUAAUUGGUUUGUAUAGUAAUGGCACUAAACCCAUGGUGAAAUGAUUUCAUCUUGCAUGCUACCACUUUGAAGAAAAUGAUGGAAGAAAGUCAUACUUUUCCAAUGUGUUCUGAUUUAUAAUCGGGCAAAUAUGUGUGGUAGGGCAAUAUUUGACAAAUCCUAGUACAUGUAUAUUACUGAUAUACUGAACAUAUUACUGAUGUAAACGCUGGAUUCAGGCCAUAAAAAUGUAUGUAGGAUCUAUUGGUGAGUGGCAGUAGAAGUAAUUGUUUUUGUAAUUGUUUAUUAAUCAACUACCUCUGAUUUUGUUUUGAUAUCUUGACUAUAGAAUAUAGUUCUUUUUACUAAAGAACAGGAAUUCAGAACGUUACACUUGCAAAUAUUUGAAUGUUUGACUCAACCAUUUCCUGUAAGACGACAGAAUGCACACACACAAAAAAUUCUGUUUUGCUUGCUGAGUGAACUGGACAGGACUGGUUUAGGCUUUAAGAUAGCUGCGGUUGUAGCAAGUCCCAUAGACCUCGCUCAGCCCAUAUCAGGAUAAGCAGGUCUGCUUGUAAGUCAGCGUCUGCCGAGGGGUUUGCUGGGAGGAUUUAUGUGUACGAGUGUCCAGAUUUGUUGGAUUGAGAAAUAAGUGCACUUCGUCAAGAACAUUAUCUGCAGAGCUGAAACUUCAUCGGUAAGAUUUGAGAUCUUUUGUUGCUUCACACCCCCAGAAGGCACUUGUAACAGAGGAUGCAUUCUACCUUUAAAUCAAUUUUCAGUAAUUUUGAAGGAUGACUGACUGAGGGAAUUGUAGAUAUUCUUGAUAAGCAUUACAGUUAUUAGCUUUUUAAAUGAUUUGAUCUGUGUAUCAUACUUGGUUAUCGGGAUGUUUACCAGUUUGUUUGGCUUUUGAAAGCUUUUAUUAGUCCAUGUAAGCCAGGUUUUAAAAAAGACAUUUUCCUGUCAGGCUUUUUCUUUAACAAGUAGCGGAGGCGGCCACUUUUUGGAAAGAUGGGAGGUGGAACUUUGAACUCUUUUGCCGAUACUUUUGUGUAUCAUGUGAAGGAAUUUUAACCUGUUGAGCCCGUUUUAAGUUUGCAUUAAUAGCUAAAACAUUGAAAAAGGGAGGAGGGGUGGGGGAAAAAGAAGUUGGGCGGGGACAGGAAAGUCCUUUUUAAUCUGCUCAGUAUGACAUCAUUCACGUAAUGAACUAGUGUAACACAGGCAAAGAGAAUCCAUUAACUACAGUGAGUUAGUCAGGGCCAGCAUUGACAAAUGUAGGUAUUUUUGUCCACUUUUUCCAAUGAGGAUUCUUCUCCUGACUUUUUCUCGGCCUGCCCAAAAUGAGUUAAAAAUCUGAGGGAUGUACCCCUUAAAACUGUUGAUCUGCUCUUUAGACUAUUUUCAAAGUGCUUAUUGUGCUCAUGUAUAAAAAGAUGAAAGAUGAUAUUUUUCUAUAUUUGGAAACAAAAGAAGGGAGGUGUUGGUUUUAGAUAGAAAUGAGGUGAUCAGGUGAUGUCAGUUUCCAGUUUGAUGACAUCACAGAAUGUUGAUGUAUGCCAUCAGACUGUCUAGUUGGUCGCAUCACACUGAAGCGAGAUAUCUGUAGUACAUGUACUGUAUGUUAAUUGAUCAAGUCAAUUGAAGAGGAAAGGGGUCAUCUCCAAAUUUGGCCCUUCGGUGACUUCCUCGAUGAUGGCGUUACUAUUUUGGAACUUCCCAAAAUACUUUGUAUCAAGUGGUUUUCAUUUGCUUUCUUCAAAGUAAAGAAAAACAUAUUGCAAAUAUAACUUUAACUGUCUUUGAUGUGCCAGAAGGGGGGGCCUUUCAUUUUAUUACAUUAGCAAUUCUUGUGUUAAAUUGUCGCCCAACUCAAAAUCUCUCAUAUCCCAAAAUACACCAUAUCUGUAAAAGUUUGUGAGGUACUGCUGGUAGAAGAUAUAUUGCUCUUAAUUUGAUACCAGAUGAUAUCAUAUCAUAUGUGUAUGCAUGUGUGGGAAUCGAGGUCAAAGUUCAUAUCAAUUGUCACGUUUAUACGGUAUACUUCCUCAAAGAAAAGACGUGGAGAACUAUCCAGGAUAAGGGAGGAGAAAGACAGACCACAACAAACCCUAUUAACCGAAAACAUCAUGACAUCAUGCUUUGUUUACAUGUGCACUUUCCUGUGGGGCUUGAUGAAUCACAUCGCACCUGGAUGCCAUAAGAAAUGCAUAGGUAUGCAAAGCAUAACGUCAUUAAUGACGUCUCAGGUACAUAGGUGACCUGGCACUGCCCGAUUACCUAAAAAGAGAACAGAUUACUGAUUGUUGUAUUAAUAAAGGAUUUAUUAUUUUGGAGUAAAA